AUGGGAGAACUAAUGUCUCUUUUUAGGAAUCUCCAGGGGAUACUUGAUUCCUCAGGCACCAUAGGAGCAUUGGUGGCUUGGCUGAUCAGCUAUAAGCCAGUCUUGUUUGGGUUCUUAUUCCUUCUGCUGUUGCUUAGCAACUGGCUGGUCAAGCAUGAAGUCAAGCCCACCCCCCCAGAGCCCAAGCAGGACAAGAUCCUUGAACGACUUAUGUUCAGUGAAAUGAAGUUGAAGGUCUUAGAAAAUCAGAUGUUCAUCGUAUGGAAUAAAAUGAAUCACCACAAGAGGUCGAGUGGACGGAGGGCUUUUCCCAUGAGGAAGCACAGACUGAGGAGGCAUGAGUCCAUCUUCUCCAUCUUCUCUGAUUGCACCUCCAAUUCUCCCUAAUGAGGUCAGAGAGACUGGGGUGGGCUGGCCUCUUCUGAUGUUACCUUUGCUCAGUAAAACCCAUCAGAGACUAUUGGAUUUUCUUAGUAAAUCACACUGGAGAGGAGGAUUGGAGGUUGAAAGGUCACCUCUGGAAAAGAAAUCUAUUCACCAGGUCAGCCAGAUAGCACCCUAGAUACAACCUGACAGGGGCUCUAGAACCCAGGCCCUUUCUCUCUUUGAGCUGGACCACCUCAACCCCUCAAUCAGCCCUGGUCCAGGGAGCUAUAUCUGUUCACCUCGAGUCUUACA